AUGAAGGCAAUUCCAUUCCCACCACCAAAGGUCAUGCCUUCAGCAACUACAAAACCAAGCCCUCCACUUGCAGAUCCCCUUUGUACAGGCGCUGGUGGAGGAGCAAAAGCAGCUGGCUGUGGAGGCUUACGUGGUGGAGAGCGGUUAGCAGGACGAGGAGCUUACAUCAUUGAUUUUCUGCUGGAGCUUCGGCAACAACCCAGCAAAAAUCGAGUUGAAGAUGAAUAG